GCGGGCCCCUCGGCGGAUCACUUAGCCUCAGUCCUCGCACGUGCAGAAUGGAGCCAUUCCUGCCCCCCGAGGGUGCUGCGCCAUGAGUCUGGAUGCUCAGGGCAGUGUCUGCGUUCAGUUCUGUACCGUGCGUGUUCACAGUCGGACCGGCCGGCCGCGGUCGAGCCUCGAGUAACCGGAACCUAUGGUCCAAGCGGAGUCGACCCAGGAGGACAGAGUUUGUUUGUUCUGGUGAGGCUAAACAGAAGCUGGCCAGUUGACUUCAUUGGAAAACGAUGAUAUUUUGAAAUGAGGCUUGGUGUCCCACGCCGGUGACCUGUAUCCGGGGAAAGCAGUGUCUGGAUUCUCGGUGCCACCGCAGCUCCGCGCAUCCACACGUCCCCCAGGCGUCCGAGGGAGUGAGAGCAUGGCUGCUGUCGGGCUGUGGCCUGGUCUGCUGGUGGUGCUGGUGUCCCUCUGCUCCCCAGGCUCGCCGUGUGGCCUUUCAACACACGUAGAAAUCGGACACAGAGCUCUGGAGUUCCUCCACCUUCCAGAUGGCCGUGUUAACUACAAGAAGCUACUUCUAGAGCACCUGGAUGCGUAUCAGGCGGGAAGCGUGUUUCCUGAUUGCUUCUACCCCAGCAUCUGCAAAGGAGGAAAGUUCCACGACGUGUCUGAGAGCACCCACUGGACACCGUUCCUCAACGCGAGCGUCCAUUAUAUCCACGAGAACUACCCCCUUCCCUGGGAGAAGGACACGGAGAAGUUGGUUGCUUUCUUGUUUGGAAUCACCUCCCACAUGGUGGCAGAUGUGAGCUGGCACAGCCUGGGCAUUGAGCAAGGGUUCCUGAGGACAAUGGGAGACAUUGACUUUCAUGGCUCCUACCCCAAGGCUCAUUCGGCUGGUGAUUUUGGUGGAGAUGUAUUGAGCCAAUUUGAGUUUAAUUUUAAUUACCUGGCACGACGCUGGUACGUGCCCGUCAAAGACCUACUGGGAAUUUAUGAGAAGCUCUACGGUGGAGAAGUCAUCACCAAGAAAGUGAUUGUUGACUGCUCAUACCUUCAGUUCCUGGAAAUGUAUGGUGAGGUGCUGGCUGCUUCCAAGCUCUAUUCCACUUACUCUACGAAGUCCCCGUUUCUGGUGGAACAAUUCCAGGAGUAUUUCCUCGGAGGGCUGGAUGACAUGGCGUUUUGGUCCACUAAUAUUUACCGUGUAACAAGCUUUAUGUUGGAGAACGGGACCAGGGGCUGCUCCCUUCCUGAGAAUCCUCUGUUCAUUGCAUGUGGUGGCCAGCAAAACAAUACCUUCAGCCCAGCUCCCUGCUAUUGCACCUGGAGAAACAGUGGAGGAUGUGCCAAGUGCUCGGGGCCUUGUCAUCCACCUGGGAGAUCUGGAGGGAAUUCCAGGAUCCUGGCCCAGCCCUGGCCAUUGUGGCCAUUUAGGAAUUCAAAAGCUGUGAAAAACAAUUUCCAUAGGAAUUUGACUCCAUCCGCAACUAAAGAUAUCAGAAGGAACAUCAACUAUACUGAACGAGGAGUGUUCUUUAGCGUGGACUCCUGGACUCCGGAUUCCUUAUCAUUCGCAUACCAAGCUUUGGAGGAGAACAUUCGGACCAUGUUGACGGGCAGCUCUCAGGAGCCGCUGAAGCACAUCACCAGCCCCUUAGCAUCUUACUACCUGUCACUGCCCUAUGCGAGGCUGGGUUGGACAAUGGUCUCUGCUGACCUCAACCAGGAUGGAUACGGUGACCUCGCGGUGGGUGCCCCAGGCUACAGCCACACUGGCCACAUCCAGAUUGGGCGUGUGUACCUCCUCUAUGGCACCGACCUGGGCCUGCCCCCCAUUGACCUGGACCUGGACAAGGAUGCCCACGUGACCCUGGAGGGCUCCCAGCCUGCAGGUCGGUUUGGCUCAGCCUUGGCCGUGUUAGACUUUAACAAGGACGGGGCGCUUGACCUGGCUGUGGGUGCACCCUCCGUGGGCUCUGAGCGGCUCACCUACAGAGGUGCAGUGUACGUCUACUUUGGUUCCAAACAUGGAAGGAUGGCUUCCUCCCCUAACAUCACCAUCUCUUGCCAGGACGUCUACUGUAACUUGGGUUGGACACUCCUGGCUGCAGACAUGAAUGGAGACGGUGCCCCUGACCUCGUGAUUGGCUCUCCUUUUGCACCGGCUGGAGGGAAGCAGAAGGGGAUUGUGGCUGCGUUCUAUUCUGGCCCCAGCCAGAGUGACAAAGGAGACCUGGACGUGGAAGCCGCUGACUGGAAGGUGGCAGGGCAGGAGGACUUCGGCUGGUUUGGGUACUCCCUGCACAGUGCCAGGGUGAACAACAGAAGCUUGCUGCUGGUCGGGAGCCCCACCUGGAAGAACGCCAGUCGGUCAAGGUUCUUGGUCCACAGCCAUGAUGAGAAUAAGAGCCUGGGCAAGGUGUACGGCUAUUUCCCACCCAGCUACCAAAGCGGGUUUACCAUUUCUGGAGAUAAGGCAAUGGGGAAACUGGGCACUGCGCUGUCGAGUGGCCAUGUGCUGAUAAACGAGACCUUGACCCAGGUGCUGCUAGUCGGGGCCCCGACUCACGAUGAUGUGUCCAAGGUGGCAUUCCUGACCAUGACCUUGCACCAGGGCGGGACCACUCGGAUGUACAAGCUGGAGCCUGAUGCGCAGCCUUCUCUGCUCAGUUCCUUCAGCGGGGACCGGCGCUUCUCUCGGUUUGGUGGAGUUCUGCACUUGAGUGACCUGGAUAACGAUGGCUUAGAUGAAAUCAUCAUGGCAGCCCCGCUGAGGAUAACAGACAUGACCUCGGGCCUACUCGGCGGGGAAGAUGGCCGGGUGUACAUAUACAAUGGCAAACGGACCACCAUGGGUGACAUGACAGGCAAAUGCAAAUCGUGGUUCACGCCAUGCCCAGAGGAAAAGGCCCAGUAUGUACUGAUUGCUCCUGAAGCAAGUUCAAGGUUCGGGAGCUCCCUGGUCACAGUGAGGUCAAGGGCAAAGAACCAAGUUGUCAUUGCUGCUGGGAGAAGCUCUCUGGGAGCCCGGCUCUCUGGGGCACUUCAUGUCUACAACCUGGGCUCAGACUGAAGACUUCACUCCACUUUGCCCACACCCAUUCCCUCAUUUCCAGCCAGUGAGGAACCUGCAGGGUGGGUAUGGCAUCCAGUGGAGCUGUGGGAGAUCCUUGUAGAGGCAGAGGCUCUUGGGAGUGGACACAUACCAGCACCUAGAUGCUCUGGGACUAGGACACGGUAACCACAUGAUGGCCCCGGGAGUACAGGAAACAUACUCUGCUCAUUCAAGUCCUUUCCUGAAGUUCCCAUCUUUGCUUCUCUCCUAGCUCAGUCCAUGUCCCUUUGUACAACCUCUGUAUGCAAUUCCUUCUAAAACCUUUUAAAAAAAUCAGUGGCCCAUUUUAGCAAAGUAUAAUAGAAAGCUUAGCCUAUAGGAAAAGACUAAGGGCCCAGGAGGGAAGGUGGUGGUGAAGGUGCCCUCCCCCUGCGCUGCUAAGAGAUCUGAUCCUUUCUG